AUGCAUAUCUUCUUCAACUGCGCGUUUGCACAAGAAGUGUGGCAAAGAGUCCCCCUCACAACACGGCCCUCCAUUGAAGCAAAUGAUAAUUUCCAGAGUAUGCUGGUGAAGUUUCGACAGGUCUCUUGUCUCCCCCCAUCAGGUAUAUCAUCCCCCGUCCUCCCCUGGAUCUGCUGGUCUUUGUGGACGGCGAGAAAUAAACUGAUCUUCGAAGAUAAGACUCUCAACCCUAAGGAAGCCAUGCUUAGAGGAUUAGUCUCUGCACGUGAAUGGAUUCAAGCACAAGGCACGAUAACACAAAAAAGCAGAGCUCUACCUCAAGGAACCCGACUCCGCGCUGAAGCUGGCACUGACAAUAGCUCGACUUGUAACUCAGAUGCAUCUUGGAACGUUACCACGAGGAGGGCAGGAUUGGCAUGGAUCAUUGCAACGCCGACAUCAACACAAACCCACGACGGAUCGCUAUGCACGGAAAAUGUCAAAUCUCCUCUUAUGGCCGAAGCUCUUGCACUCCGAUCGGGUCUCCUCGCCGUCGCAUCUCUCGAUAUCACCAGCAUCAGGGUCUACUCAGACUGUCAAACGCUCAUCAGAGCAAUCCAAAACAAACUCCAGAUUAAAGAAAUCUUCGGUAUCGUCUCAGAUAUCAUGCAGAUCUCCUCGGCGUUUGAAUCUAUCUCUUUCUCCUUUGUUCCACGAUCAGAAAACCAAAAGGCUGACUGUUUAGCCAAACGGGCUCUGAUCUCUUCUGUUUCUGCACUUGUUUGA